CUGUCGGCCUCCGUUUUCCCUCAGUCUUCAAACCUCAACUCCUCAGAUGGGGCAAUGGUUGAAAUUAACUAGCAGCGUAGCAUCCUAUCGCAAAGAUUAGCGGCUGAGAUGUUGAUAAAUGUUUCCUACUCCCACUUCCUGAGAGUCAACGCCGCUUACCAACAGUCCAUACUAGGCUCACGAGAUUCAUACUCGUCAACCAAAUUUUGGGUAUAAAUUGAUCCCAUCAUCCUCCUCCCUUCUCUCAAUACCACCAUUGCAAUGGAUUUCUCCCUGCGCCAUUGUGUUGUUGUCGUUCUUCCCUUCCUACUGCUCCUAUGUAAGACUACCUCUACUUCAGAUUCUCACCACCGUGGUCUCAAGUCCCUCCACUUCACACUCUUUCAACAUGAAACCAUCAAUAAGACUGGGUAUAUCAUAGUGAACGGAGUGGCAGGACCGGGUGUUAGCCAAAAUACAACCCCUUUCGGCACCUUGUUUGUGUUCCAGGAUCCCUUGACUGUUACUGCCAACCGGUCUUCGAAACUUAUUGGAAUAGGAGAAGGAACUUCCAUCACAUCUAGUCUCGAUGGGCUUCAGAGCAUUUCAAUUGCGAAGAUCACUCUACGGAUGAAGCGGCAUGUGGGAUCAAUUUCCAUUGUGGGAGGCACACACAACAUCAAGCCUUCUGAUCAUCCUGUGGUUGGAGGCACCGGCGAUUUCAUGUUUGUGCAAGGCUAUGUGACCUCCUCGCCACUUGAUCUUCAGGGUCAAACUGUUGUGUACAAGAUUGAAUUUCACCUUUACUGGCCUCCUUAUGCUGUCAAGAAACCUUCCUCUUAGAUGGCUUAGCAUUCUCAGAGGGCCAACUGUUCCAAUUCAAUAUUAUCUUGAUUUGGUUGGUUUAAGAUUUUCAAGGACCUUGCGUUCUUGGUAAAUCCUUUUCCCGUUCCACUGUGAGGUUCCUCAAAACUCUCAGGAGGUUUUAUUUUCCAGUUCAGUUUUUAGGGUUUUUUUUUUUUUUUUCUUGUUUUCUAGGAAAUAACUUGUUGGCCAUAAAUAUCUGUAAUGAUAUCCACAAAAUAAUAAGAGAAUUUCGCCUGCUUCAUGGACAUAGCACCGCACGGGAUGAU